AUUUCAAAAGAUCAGUUUGCUAGAAUAGUUUGAAACAAAAAGGAAAAAAAAAGAAAGACCUGUUUCCUCAAAACUUAUCCUCUCUUUCUCACUAUCAAUCAAUUUUUUCCCUUCGUUUUCAUGACCACCAGCAAUUUCGCCAGUAGUUCUGAUUUGUGAAUAGGAAAACAAAGGAACUAAAUUUAUUAUUAUAGCUCUCGCUCAAUCGACAAGCCAACAACAGACACCGACUCAGAAAGCAAGCAAUCGCCGUUUGGGGUAUCAAUAAAUGGAUGCUGCAGCCAAGAAAAAGGCAUUAUUUCGUGCUAAGCUAAACGCCCAGAAGAAAGACAAACGAAUCGAUUCCCCUCUUGUUAGGUACAAUGAAUCAGAUCAACCUGUAUGUAGGAUUUGUAAUGUUGUUUUGAAAUCUGAAUCCUUGUGGGCCGCACACCAAGCUUCUCGUAAACAUCAUGAGGCAAUAAAUAAUAUUAAAAAUGCAGCUGGACAUUUGCGCGUUAACAGCACAAAACCUGAAGCCCAUAAGGAGAAUACUAGACCUAAGUAUGAAAAUGAUGCAGAGUUGCAUGAUACAAAAUCUGAACCCUCAACAAGAUUGACCAAACCUCAGUCAUCCUCUGUGCUUCCUGCAGAUUUUUUUGACACCCAUAAGACAGAGACAACUUUACCUAAGCAUGCACAUUAUGUGGAGUUGGGUGAUAAAAUGCCGGAACCCUCAUCCAAAUCAUCCAAGCACCAAUCCUCAUCUGUGCUUCCUCCAAACUUUUUUGAUGACCCUGAGGCCAAGAGACAAAAGAUUGAUACAGCAAAGCCGGUUAAUUCGAAUUCACAUAAAAAGUCAGGAAACUCUGCUUAUACAAAGGUGGAGAGUCUCUUGGAAGAUGAGAUGGAUGGAUCUAGUGGUAAUGAUAUGGAGACAAAAAACACUGGGCGCGCCAGGGAGUUUGUGCAUACAGUGGAUAUUACUGGUGGUAGUAGAUACAUGAAGCAAGUAAAAGGAGCUCUUCCUGAAGGCUUCUUUGAUGACAAGGAAGCUGACUUGCGUGCUCGUGGCAUUAAGCUUGUUAAGCCAGAUGUCAAGGAUGAGUACAAGGAAUUUGAAAAGUUGAUCCAAGAGGACUUGCAGGAAGUGGAUGAUCGUUUGGAAGAAGAGGAGAUUGAUGCAGCUGAAAUGAUAGAGGAGGCUGAAACAGUUGAGCAGAAGACCUAUAGGGAAAAAGUUGAAUUUUUGAGAAAGAAGAAAAUGGAGUUGAUAGCUGCUAGGUCAGCAAAACGCAGAAGAGAUUCCGGGGUUUCUGGGAAAAUGUCUAGUAGUAAUGCAGAGUCAUCCACUGAUGAUGAAGAUGAUGAUGAUAAUGAGAAUUUUGCAGUGGAUUGGAGAGCUCAACACCUUUGAAUCAAAUGGCCGGAAAUAAAGAUAUUCUUCUCUGGAGAUGAGACCUGGCACCAUCUUCUUUACAUUGUUGAUAUGUGACAUCGGUGCCUAUAUGGAAAAGAAAAUGCAGGUAUAGUUUAAUCAGUAACUUAACAAAAUUUGCAAAAUUACCUUCACGAUUGACCUGUUAUUUAAUGAAUCAACAGAAAUGUUAAAACAUUCCCUUUGAACUAAUAGUAGUAUCAAAAUCUGCCUCCAAUUUUGCCCUAAUUUAAACAGGAGAUUGCUGCUUUUUGACCCCCUUA